AUGGCAGUCCUCCUCCCAACGGUCCUGGCCGUCUACAGCGCCCUACUCUUCGCCGGGAGCGCCAACGCCAACAACGCCCUGGACGUCAACGACAACACGCAAAACAACAAGCACGUGGAGAUCGCAAUCACGGUAUGGGGUUCAGACUGGUAUUAUACCGUCUGCGCGGUCAUGGGCGCCACGGCGCUCACCAUUAUCGCAAUGUCGUACAAGAAGCCGCGCACCGACCGCAUCUUCUUCUACAUGUGCGCCGCCAUCUGUACCACCGCUUCGAUUGCCUACUUUGCCAUGGGCUCUAAUCUGGGCUGGACUCCGAUCGACGUCGAGUGGGUUCGUAUGGUUGCUGGCGGCGAGGGUCGCAACAGAGAAAUCUUCUAUGUCCGCUACAUUGACUGGUUCAUCACGACACCGCUGCUGCUGAUGGAUCUCACCUUAACGGCUGGUCUGCCUUGGCCAACAGUCCUCUGGGUCCUUUUUCUUGACGUCGGCAUGGUCGUCACCGGACUGGUUGGCGCGCUCGUCAAGUCGAGAUACAAGUGGGGCUUCUUCGCGUUUGGAUGCGCCUGCAUGUUCGGCGUCUUUUGGGAACUGGCCUUUGUGGGCAGGCGAAACGCAAAGCGCCUGGGCGACGAUGUCCACCGUGUCUACGUUCGCUGCGGUGUGCUAACCCUGGUCAUCUGGCUCCUGUACCCCGUUGCCUGGGGAGUGUGCGAAGGGGGCAACGUCAUCAGCCCCAACUAUGAGGCGAUUUUCUACGGCAUACUGGACGUGAUCGCCAAGCCGGUCUUCAGUCUGGCUCUGCUGUUUGGACACUGGAAUAUCAAUCCGGAAAGGUUGGGACUUAAGAUGGGCGGUCCCGAGCAUCAAGCUGCAGAGGCCGAGAAAAGCGACCUGCUUCGCCACGACGACGGUGGCAGUGCUGGGCCGAAUGGCACCAACGGUACUGCGCAGCUGUCGCACGAGGCCUAG